UGUCGUCGGAUGGGUGGCAUCUCUCUCUCUCUCUCUCGAGCUCUGACCGCCCCCUCGCUCCGCCGGACUCCUGCUCUUUAUCUACAUUCAUACUGAGGGUCUCCAGCACAGGACGCGGGAGCCAUGGCCGUCUCCUCAGCGCUUCAUGUACUCGUCCUCUGUCAGCUGCUAGCGUCCUCUCUCGCUCAGGAAAGGCCGGGCCCUCGGGGUGCACCUGGAGUGCCGGGACCACCGGGACCCCCGGGGAAAGACGGCAUAGACGGCAAACCUGGCCCUGCUGGACUUCCCGGGAGACCUGGGCCGAAAGGUAAAGCGGGUAAACCUGGGGCCGCAGGGAGCUCGGGACUGCCUGGCCUCCCCGGGGUGGAUGGUUUGACUGGUCCGGAUGGUCCAGCUGGCAAGGACGGGCCCCCAGGAGCAGCGGGUGACUCCGGACCUCCCGGACCGGGCGGACCCCCUGGCAGAGGCAGACCAGGAGCUCUGGGCCUCGCUGGAGCUAAUGGACUUCCAGGUGGACCGGGACCUAAGGGUCCGCUGGGGCCCGAGGGUCUUCCUGGACUCCCAGGUCUUCCCGGCCCAGACGGACCUCCUGGACUCCCAGGAACUCUUCCUGAAGGCAAUGGAGAUCUGCUGUGUCCGGCCAUCUGUCCCCCGGGUCCUCCUGGACCGCCGGGAAUGCCUGGAUUCAAGGGUCACACAGGUCAUAAAGGCAGUAAGGGAGAGCUGGGGAAGGAUGGAGAGAAGGGGGAUCAGGGGCCACCGGGGCCACCGGGAAUCCCAGGGACAGUGGGCUUGCAGGGCUCUCGAGGGCUGAGGGGCCUGCAGGGGCCGGUGGGAGCCGUAGGAGACCGAGGAUUGCCGGGCUUCAGAGGAAAACCUGGAAUCGCUGGCAUCAUUGGAAAAACUGGUGAUGCUGGUGAGAGAGGACCAGAAGGUUUCAAAGGGCCCAAAGGAGAGAUAGGAAAAAUAGGCCCCAAGGGACUACCUGGAGGAGCAGGACCUAAAGGAGAACCGGGCAUCCCGGGCAGGGACGGGAAGGAUGGCACUCAGGGGCUGGAUGGAGAAAAGGGAGAUGCUGGGAGACUCGGAGUAUCUGGCGAGAAAGGACCUAACGGCCUGCCUGGUUUGCCAGGAAAAGCUGGUGCCAAAGGGGCCAAAGGAGGAGUUGGCAGUCCAGGAGAGAUGGGAGAAGCAGGACCAUCUGGAGAGCCAGGUAUACCUGGCGAGAUCGGCGUCCCUGGAGAGAGAGGAGAGGCUGGAACCAGAGGAGUAGCUGGCGGCAUUGGACUAGCUGGAAACUCUGGACCACAAGGUGUUAAAGGAUUCCAGGGUGUUAAAGGGGCUAUAGGUGACCCAGGUCUGCCUGGUCCGACGGGAAUCAGAGGCGGCUUCGGUGAGCGGGGUCCAGUUGGAGCUGGAGGGCCUAAAGGAGACAUGGGAGUUGCUGGAAGUGAUGGUUUACCGGGGGAGAAUGGAGAGCCGGGUCCUUAUGGUCCCGUCGGUCAGAAAGGAGAGGCCGGAAAGCGUGGGGAGCUGGGAGCCAAAGGAGUUGUAGGACCACAGGGAGAGGGCGGAGCCAGAGGGGUUCCUGGAAAACCAGGAGCAAUGGGAUUCCAAGGAGAACAAGGUUUUCCAGGCGUCGCUGGAAAGACCGGUGUUCCUGGCAAACUGGCUAGUGAGCAGCACAUCAGAGAACUUUGUGGCUCAAUGAUUGAUGAUCAGAUGGCCCAGCUCGCUGCUAACCUUAGAAGACCCCUGGCUCCUGGUGCCGUGGGGCGGCCCGGACCACCCGGGUCUCCAGGGAAGCAAGGAGAAGUUGGAUCCAUCGGCCACCCUGGAGCCCUCGGUCCACCAGGUUAUAGAGGACUGCCCGGGGAUCUCGGUGACCCUGGUCCUCGAGGGGAUGUCGGCGAGCCAGGUGACAAGGGGCCUGUAGGUAAAGCCAUCGAGGGGCCUGCUGGAGACCAAGGGGACCCAGGUCUGCCCGGUGUGCAUGGCAUCGUCAAAGAUGGCCGUGACGGAGCGCCUGGAGACCCAGGAGAACCAGGAGAAGCAGGGAGAGCCGGCAGGCCAGGUCACCAGGGGUCACCCGGAAUCUGCGACACAUCAGCAUGCCAAGGAGCUGCAGUUCACGGGAAGUCCUCUAACCCCAAGAACCAUUAACAGCAGAACCAACAGCUUCUGGAGGAGAAACACAACUGAAGUGUCAGAGCAGCAUGUUCAGAGCCGAAUGAACACUGAGCAUCAGAGCGGAGCCUCUGUGUAGAUACAGCAAAAGACUAAACGCAUCACACCGAGAAAAAAGCUGAUGUGAAAAUAAUCCUUCAGUCCUUGUAUUAGAAGUCUUCUUGUACAGCCCCCUUUAAAAGUGUAAGAGUACUGCCUCAUGAGGGCUUUACAGCACCUCAAAAACUGAUGUCCGCAAGAGCAAAAACAAAGAAAUGAAACCAAAAUAUUGGACACAUUACUGCAGAUUGAUUUUCUUUGCCAUUUUAUUUUUUAUGUUUACAUUUUGAAUCUUAAACAUUAAGAACUAAGUCACUGUUUGAGGAACAAACUUCACGCAUCAACAGAGAUGCUUCAGACACACUUACUGUAAAAUAUGUCGUUGUCCAUCUGUGGGCUUCAUCAACCUUAUCCACUAGAUAAUGGUGCUGUAAAACUAUUAAAUAUGAUUUUAAAUACUAUUUAUUAUUUCUGAGUUACUGUUGUGUGUAUAGUGAGUUUCUACAGCAUGGUAUUGUAAGAAAAACUGAAUAAAGCCACUUUUCAGUGAAGUAUUUUUUUUUGAACAUUUGUUAGUACAAUAAUAAUAAAUACAUUAAAUAGAAAAUAAUGUACAAGCAAGGCAUAAAAACAAACAUUCAGAAAGGUGUGCAGUUUUGUGUGUGAACUAUAUCACAGUAAGGAUGUGACCGUUUCUGGUCUGGAGAGUCUGAAAUAAAAAGAGCAGCUGGAGUGUAGAAAAAGACUCAAAGACAACAGGCGCUCAGGUCUCCUGGACACAGGUUAGUGAAAGAGAGGCGUAGCAU